CCAAGUCUGAUUUCGCUGCUUCUUAGGUGCUUCCUCGAGGGGACCAAGGCACGGGCGGUGCAUGCACAAGGAUCUUGCAUAAAGACGUGAUUGCUUGGGAGUGCGUACUGGCUGCGGAAGAGACCUAAAAAGGACGUUCACAUCAUCCCGUCAAUGUUCAAUAGCUUGACUCGUUUGCCGUCGCGGUCCAGACUGUUAUCCCAUGCAUAGCAGAGAUCCGUGGAGCUUCGUGUGCACCAACUGAAUUGUGCGCAGGUCGAAACCGGGCUCGUCAUGUCUGGAUGGCCGUAUCGCAUGUGCAGCGGGACAUACAUAAACAUAUCCCAAUCUGAAUGAUAAGGGACGACACAAAUGGACAGGAUGGGCAUCUCUCGUCUCACACUAGCCGCCGCUGACGUGUCCCAGCCUUCGGGAGAAUAGCGGUCUGGCCUGGCCUGAUACCGGGCUCACCUGGUGCUCGAUGCCUGACUCGUCGUGUUCCCAGAAACCCCGAAUUGGGGAAGCAGGAGAAGAUCUGCUGAGAAGGCAGCCACUGCUCGAGGAAUGCCACCGACACUUGGGUCCCACGCGCAUCGGAUCCCAUCACUGUCGUCUGCCACCGCUAAGAGCAGUAUCUGCGCUACAGCGGCGCGCGACGACAGGCGGGGGCCAGGAGAAUAUCCACCGGCACAUGCGGCGCGAGAUAGGUAGGCAACGGGCCCUGUUUCCGCCAUGUGCUGCCCAAUAGAAAAUCCCAUGAACUCGCCACUUCGAAAAUAGAUCCUUGGCUUUUGGCAGAAAACGGCCGUGAAGCGGAUCGAAACAUGUCAUCAGUUGACUGGCGCGAGCCCCCUUAUCUCCCAUGGCAUGUGGUCGCACGACUCACUUUAGGGUCCCG